UUUCUAUUUUAUUUAUUCUGGUAAAAUAGGCUGAGUCAUUUAUAGCGCUUCCUUUGCAUUUAGUUAUUGAUGUUAUUGGCAGAUAUUUGCAUAGAAAAGCCCCACUGGAUCUGUCUGUAAUCUUUGGAUAUGAAUACAAUGCGUACAGUCGCAUGAGGAUUUAUUUGACAAGUCAAAUUCCUCAUGACUGCAUUCUGAUUGGACGAGGAGUGUUUGGUGUUCGACCAGGAGCCGACCUGCAGGAAGGAUGGCUAGCUGCUGCACACAUUGAUCAAAUAACUGCUCUCCCAUACUACGGAUGGUGUGUCCAAAUUGCUAAUGCAUCGCCAGAUAUGGGCACAAGAUCAAGAGACACUGUCACACAUCAGAGCCACUGACAGAAGAGGAUAGGCGCGACGGCUCCUCCCGGUGCGAGAUGUGACAGGAUGCUGAACCAUCACUGCAGACGGAACCCUGAGCUUCAAGAGGAGCUUCAGAUCCAGGCGGCGGUGGCGGCCGGAGAUGUCUACACCGUCCGCAAGAUGCUGGAGCAGGGCUACUCGCCCAAGAUCCGAGACGCCAACGGCUGGACGCUGCUCCACUUCUCCGCCGCCAAGGGCAAGGAGAGAUGUGUUCGGGUCUUCCUGGAGCACGGAGCCGACCCAACGGUGAAGGACUUCAUCGGCGGCUUCACGGCGCUGCAUUACGCCGCCAUGCACGGCCGCGCGCGCAUCGCCCGCCUGAUGCUGGAGUCGGAGCACCGGGGCGACAUCAUCAACGCCAAGAGCAACGACGGCUGGACGCCGCUGCACGUGGCCGCCCACUACGGGCGCGACUCCUUCGUGCGGCUGCUGCUGGAGUUCCGCGCCGAGGUGGACCCGCUGAGCGACAAGGGCACCACGCCGCUGCAGCUGGCCAUCAUCCGCGAGCGCUCCAGCUGCGUGCGCAUCCUGCUGGACCACAGCGCCAACAUCGACAUCCAGAACGGCUUCCUGCUGCGCUACGCCGUCAUCAAGGGGAACCACUCCUACUGCCGCAUGUUCCUGCAGCGCGGCGCCGACACCAACCUGGGCCGCCUGGAGGACGGCCAGACGCCGCUGCACCUGUCGGCGCUGCGGGACGACGUGCUGUGCGCCCAGAUGCUGUACUCGUACGGCGCCGACACCAACACCCGGAACUACGAGGGCCAGACGCCCGUGGCCGUGUCCGUCAGCAUGUCGGGGAUCAGCCGGCCCUGCCUGGAUUUCCUGCAGGAGGUUACCCGACAACCCAGGACUUUGCAGGACUUGUGCAGAAUAAAAAUCAGGCAGUGCAUAGGACUCCAAAGCCUGAAGUUCCUGGAGGACUUGCCCAUCGCUAAGGUCAUGAAAGACUACCUGAAACACAAGUUCGACAGCGUCUGAUGACGGCCAUAACGCUUAUACAAGAAAGAGACAUAGCGUUGGAGCAUCUCUCAUCUCCUUCUUAAGACUAUGCAAACUGUUAUCCUUUCUACUCGAGAACUCUGACAACAGGUGCACAGUUUUUACUACGAAAACAAGAUUGAUGCACAUUUCUAUUUAGCUAUAUGAUGAUUAUGAAGUGGGUGAAUGAGUGACUUAAAGAUUUUGGGGGUUCUUCAAGGAUGUGGAUAUUUAAUUGAAGUAUCAUUAAUGACCUUUUAGACUAAUGAAUUACUUGUGAUGUUUGUACAGGAAAGUACUCUUCAAAACAAGUUCUGUGCUCAGAGGUCGCUGGGAAGCUGUUGUAUUGAUUUUGUGGGAGGUCCAUGAUCACCAAAGCAUAGCCUACUUGUUCAAUUGGGUCGCAAUUGACAGAUGAUGUGGCUUGGCUGUAGGAGCGAUGUUUCUUCUGCUCACAGCCUCCACAGUAGAUUUCUCCUCCUGUACCCAAUGUUCGAUGAUCAUAAUGUGUUACCACUGCUUUGUCAUUAUGGCAAAGUGGAGUUGGUGAUUAAACCGCAAGAGGACUUUCAGUAGAACUACUCACGGCUUUGGCGGGAAAAGAUAGGACGCUCAUGUUUGGUAAAGGUUGGGCACGUGUGGGUGGGAGGGUGGAUGGAUUUGAGGAAGAGAGGAGUUUUUAAACCAAGGAAUUAAAAAAAAAAAAAAAGUCGAUUGGUGCUGGGUUGUGGAAAAGCCUGUUUCUGUCACAAGUCGUCAUGGCUCAUGUGCCUCAACCAUGGAUCAGUGGUUAAGGACUGGUGUGUUGUGGGAGGGGGAGAGGGAGAGCGCGAGCUCCCACACUUCUUAAGUAUCGAUAUGUGCAUCUCCCUCCCUACGGACUGUUGUGGUGCUUUUGUUUUUGAUGUCAUGCCUGAGAUGGAGGGGUAUUGCAUUGGUUUAAGUGCAUCUUUUAUGGCUUCGAGUGCUCAUUUGUUCUGUAGCACUAAAUCAGUGUUUUAAAAAAAAACGUCAACAUCGUUUCGUUUUUGGGAAAAAGCAUUGACUUAGGAUAAUGAAUGCUUGACGUUGAGAGUGGCCAAAUGCAGUCCCAAAUAAACUCUCUCUCGUGUUAAUCCACAGCUAUAGUCACAGAAUCAUUAACAGAGAACAUGUAAAUAAUUGUGUCAUAUGUACAGCAAAUAUUUUUCUAGAAUUAUUUAAACAAAUUCAGUGUGGUUUGAAAAGUCUCAUGCUUUUUUUUUCUUUUCGUCUUGUGUGGCUCAUGUACAAUUGCUCUGCCAUUUUUAUGUGACUGUUUGAAGUCUUCAAAUGUUAGAAAUCCGUAUUAGGACAAAUUUCAAAAGGAAAAAAAUCAAAAACAAAAAAACAAGACCUGCGCCUUGACUUGGGAUUGUUUUUCACACACUAAAAAAAUAUAUAGCAUAUCCUUAAUAUAUGUUUCCAGAUUUUUGUUUUUGUCGGCUUUGUCAAAAUUGAAGAAUGAAAGGGUACUUAAUGUAGUAAUUGCAUCUUUUAUUCCCUUUUUCUACGCUAUCAGUAAGUUGAUUUAUCUCCAGUUAUUUAGUCUCUGGACUUUGGCAUCUUAUGUGUUCUAAUCAAGGUUACUUCUUUACUUCUGUCUCCUCAGGCAAAAGGGCUCAUCCUAAACAGGAAUGAAGUCACUCAUAUUUCAAUUGUACAUCAUAGACUGCAAAAGUGUGUUAAGCAAGAAUGUUCUCUUUCUUUUAGUUUUUUCUUCUUUUUCCUUCUUUUUUUUGGUCUUUUUCGUAAAUGCCGAUGAUGGUCUAAAAGAAAUGCCCUGGUGAAGCCUCUGUUCGACCUCUUUCAAACGGGGUCGCGAUCGCCCUGCCCCGCGCUGCUCUGCGAAUGGCGGCCUGAUGCCGAGUCACUGGCUGUAGCUGCUCGAGCGUAGCCUGGCGAGCGACUCACCGGCGCGUUUCUGCCUCAGUGUUCUGCUCUACUCUCCCGUCUGCCUUUUUUUCUUUCAGAGGAAAGAAGAAAUCGAAAACCCAUGCGAGUCACUGGUGACUUCUCUCUGUGUGUGUCCUCUGCAUCUCUCAAGAGGCACACAUGCGCCCGUCUCCUCAAAUACUCCUCUCACCACCAGCUGCCUUUGCCAUUGUUGUCGUACGAGGCGUAGGAUUAGUUGAAACAGACUUACAGAAUGUCUCAAGGAGGGAGUGUGUACUUGUCUUACUGUGUUGUUUUUUUUUUUAAUUGUUAUUAUUAUUAUUAUUGCAGUUUUUGGCAGUCUUGUGGGUCUAUUUGAAUACUGCAGCAUUUUGUAAGAUUUUGUAUGAGACUUGUGUGUUUAAAGUGUGAGGGUGUGUGUGUAUACAGUCUUUGUGUUUGAAAGCAUUUGCCUUUUUUAAGCGUGCAAAAGGUGUGUGUCUGUGUGUGUGGAUGUGUGUGUGUGUGCGUGUUGUAAUGAUUGGCACUGCAGAGUUGGGAGGACCUAUGGUGGCUCAUUUGUUGUCAGGGAAUCUUACAGUUCAGUUGAAAAAAAAGUCUACGGAAUAAUCCCACGUCUUCCAUGCCAUCAACUACUGAAUGUACAUAAUAUGCUGUUUGCUGAAUUGUUAAUGUAAAAAAACGUGUGAAUAAAAAAAAGGAAAAA